AUGCCUACAAGUUCGUAUAUACAACUAAACCAGUCCUUUGACGAUGAUGAACACCCGAUGUUGCUGGACAAAGAGCGCUUCAUACCCCACCAACUCAAAUGGCUAUAUCACCUCAAAGAGAGUUGGAAAAACUACACGUUGGCGGUUAGCCUUGUCAUAAUCACAGCGCUUGUCUCAGCGCUAGCCAUCCAAACACGAUAUACCCAGUGCAAACCAGACCUUGACACUUCAGGGUACUUAUGCGCACCGUCUGGAACGCACCCUUCCGUCGCUCAUCAGCGAGGCUGUGAAUAUAAUUGGAUGUCGUUUCACUGGCUACCCAAGGAUCGCUUUAACGCCGAAAACAGGGCUCUGAUACGAGAAUUCGAGGAGCUUGGACCCUGGCAUCGGUUUUCAGAUGCAGAGGGAACUCAGGUGAUGAGCGCCGAGGAAACCAUCCUAUCGACUAGGUUCUGGCUGACCAAACGAGAACACCUUCACCACUGCCAGUUCUCUCUGCGACAAGCGUACCUCUUUAUGGCUCGCGGCCAGGACCCAGCGUUCAACUACACACACAUCGUACACUGUUCACAGGCCCUGAUAGACGCCAUCUAUGAAAGUCCUCCGCCGGACAUGGAUACGCCAAUCAUUAAGGUUAUUCCGUUUCCAAAACAUCCAGAGAUUGUAAGUGACUCAGAUUUGCAUGAUAGGCGCUCUUUUACUGACACAGGAUAA